AUGCGACCGCUCACCGACACCGAGACGAAGACACUCUUCGAAAAGCUCGCAAACUACACUGGCCGCUCCCUCAACAACCUCCUCACAGACACCGUAUCGACACCCGGCUCGAAGAACCCCGAUCGCUACGUCUUUCGAAUCCAAAAAGACCGGGUAUACUACGUGCGCGAAUCUCUAGCCAACCUUGCGACCUCAGUGGCCCGCGACAGCCUUCUCUCGCUGGGUACUUGUCUUGGGAAGUUCACCAAGACGGGCAAGUUCCGACUGCACAUCACCGCGUUGGAUGUGAUUGCGCCGCAUGCAAGAUAUAAGGUCUGGGUCAAGCAGAAUGGAGAAAUGCCGUUCUUGUACGGUGGACAUGUGGUGAAGGCGCAUAUUGGACGGUGGAGUGAGGAUGCGCCCGAGCAUGCUGGGGCCAUUGUUCUGAGCAUGAACGAUACACCAUUGGGCUUCGGUGUCACUGCACGCUCAACGGCAGAAGCGAGAAAGCUGGAUCCGACUGGAAUCGUGCUCUUCAGACAGGCCGAUGUUGGAGAGUACUUGCGUGAUGAAGACACACUAUUCGCGACAUGA